AACGGGGCCGGGAUAGAGAGAUCGGGGCCGGGACAGCGGGAACGGGGCCGGGAUAGAGAGAACGGGGCCGGGACAGCGGGAACGGGGCCGGGAUAGAGAGAUCGGGGCCGGGACAGCGGGAACGGGGCCGGGAUAGAGAGAUCGGGGCCGGGAUAGAGAGAUCGGGGCUGGGACAGCGGGAACGGGGCCGGGAUAGAGAGAUCGGGGCCAGGACAGCGGGAACGGGGCCGGGACAGCGGGAACGGGGCCGGGACAGCGGGAUCGGGGCUGGGACAGAGAGAUCGGGGCCGGGACAGCGGGAACGGGGCCGGGACAGAGAGAUCGGGGCCGGGAUCAGCGCCGGGUCGGCGGGAGCGCUGCCCUCUCGAGGACGGCAGCCGUGCCCGCGGCGUGGGAGCGAACCGCGGCCCGGAGCCUCGGGGCUGCUGCCGCAGCCGCCGCCGUGCCCGGCCCGCCCGGCCGCUGCUUUGAGGAGCGCCGCUGGCCGCAGUCCCCUGCAUGGACGCGGAGAGCGGCUCUGGCGGCAGCCGGGACUCGCUGGGCAGCCCGGGGGCGGCCGAGCCGCUGCUCCGGCCCGCGGCGGCGCGCAGGGAGCAGCCCCCGGGCGGCGGCCGCGGCCCGAGGCCGGCGGCGGCUGUGCCGAAGCUCCGCGCCGGGGGCUCGCCCUGCCCGCCGGAUCCGGCUGCGGACGGAGCCCGCGGUGCCGCGGUGCCAGCCCGGGCUCCGGGCGGGGCCGGGACCAGCCGCGAGUGCCCCGGCGCCGCUCCAGGAGUCCUAAGCACCAAAGCAUAUCCAGAAUGCCUGCUUCCAGCUGAAAAUUCCAAGCCCGUGUUUUUAUCCCAAAUGGAUCCUCCUGGAGAAGCUGCAGCACAAGAUGAUCCUUUGGUGCUGCUGGAAGAUAGCAGAGGACCUGAAGAUGAUGUUUUUAUUUCUCAGUAUGCUACUGGCCAGAAGGAGGCUCUGAGAGCAGCAUUAAUGCAGAAAACUCAGAUUGUUCCUGUUCAUAAAGAGGUGAAGGUGCAGCUCUUGGGAAGUGCCCCCACAGAAAAAAGGGAAGGUGCUGUGGGUGACACCAGGUCAGCACCCAGGGAAGUUGACUCUGCAACAACCAUUGCAGCAGCCACUGCUGCUGCCAUUGCCACGACAGCUCCCCUUCUCAAGGUUCAAAAUGAUUUGGAAGCAAAAGUGAACUCAGUUUCAGAACUGCUUCAGAAACUGCAGGAGACAGACAGGCAGCUGCAACGAGUGUCUGAACAGCAAAAAAGUAUGAAGGCUCAACAUGAGGAACCCCACUACCACCAGAGAGUCAGCAAGCUUGAAAAACAAAUGAAUGCUUUCAUGGUGCAAAGGAUUCAGCACCUGGAAAAGCUACAGGAGCAACAAAUGAAUAUUCAGUCCCAUCUCAUCAGCUCUGCAGUGAACACCCGUGGGCUGCAGCAGGGUCCUGUGCCUGCCCCUGGGCCCCUGGCAGGGCACUGGGAGAAGCCAGAGCAGAGAUCACUCACUAACGAAGCACCUUCAUCUCACAGGGGUUUAUUCCCUGCCAGUGCUGCACCUGCCCAAGUGUUCCCUGAAGCAUAUUCAAGCAAUUUUCCAAGUCAUGGGGUUCAUACACAAAAAUCUCCUCUAAAGACACCAGUUCCUCGAAGAUAUGCUCCAGAACCUGUGCCCAAAAAUGGGAAAAUCUCAGAGAAAGAAAACUCUGUAGCAGAAAAUAUUCCCAAACCUACAAGAGAAGGUGAAGGGAAAGGUCUGGAACACGUUUUGAAUUCUCAAGAAACACUAAACCAAAGAGAGUAUUCCAAGAAGACAGCAUUAAACAGCAAUGAAAGCAGCUGGCAUUCUGAGAGACACAGACACAAUGCUUUGCCUGCAAACUCAAUUUCUUCUUUUGAAAACUACAAUUCAAUUGAGAAAACAGUGCAAAAAGCAGAUAAUUUACUUCAAGAUCUUGGCAAGUUGAGAAGAGAAAUGCACAACAUUCUGCAGGAAGCAAGUUCAUGGAAAUCUGGCAUGAAUGAUCUUAUUAAGGCAAAAAAUCCUCCUGUUGCACCUGAUCCUCCUGAGCAUCAUCUAGUCAGCAAGCCAUCCAUCCUUCAAAAUGUCCAAGUGCCAAGGUCUAUACUGACAGAUGCUGAAAGGAUUUUGAGAGGAGUGCAAAACAAUAAGAAAGUCCUUGAGGAGAAUCUGGAAGCUGUUACUCAUGCAAAAGAUGGAGAGGCCAUGUAUGCUUUCAGUAACUCCUUGACUACAAACAGAGAUGUCCUGGAAGAGAUUCGUAUCCGAAGGACUGUGGAUGAGAGGAUCAAGGCAAUCAGUGAGGAAAUCCAGGCUGAAAUGGCAAGAAAUUAUUCAGAACAAGGGAAACAUGAUCAAAAAAGUAACAAGAGAGCCCAAAACCUCAGGGCAAUGAAGACCAAGAAAGAAACUAAAGAGAAAACUCAAAACACCCAAGGAUGCUUGACAAAAAAACUUUCAGCUGCAGCUAAGCCAUUGCAGAAGCAAGUGGAAGAUAACACAAGGAAACAGAAGUUUAGAACUUACUUUUCAGAAAAUGUGCAGAGCAAAGAAAGAAGAGCAGAUGGAGCUGUAGGUGGAACUACACUGGUCCAAUAUGAAGAUUAUCUGUCUCAAGUUUAUGGAAAACCCAUUUACCAGGGCCACCGGAGCACGCUUAAAAAAGGACCUUACCUGAGAUUCAACUCUCCCUCUCCCAAAUCUAAACUGCCCAGACCCAAGCUGAUAGAGACUGUUAGAGGCACAAAAGUGAAGUCAGCAAAGACCCAGACCUGCUCUCACACACGGGUGGUCAUCAGCAGCCCCAGGAAGAAGAAUGCUGUGUAUGCCCAGCAGAGCCAGUUCUUCUUCAGCCCCAGCCAGGAUGUCCCUGCUGCCUCUGGUCCUCUGGAAGGCCACCUCAUUCCCAUGGCUGUUCCACUAGGUCAAACCCAAAGCAGCAGCACAUUAUUGCAGCCUGCUGGAGUAAUCAUAGAUAAACCACACCCUGUCACAGUUACAACCUCCCUUCCUCAAGUGCCACCAAAGCCUCCAGUCGAGGUAAAAAAACCAAAUAUAGCUGUGAUAGAGAUGAGAUCAGAGAAAAAGGACCCACCUCAGCUCUCUGUGCAGGUGUUACCAAGUGUUGAUAUUGACAGUGUUUCAAGUGCCAGUGGGAGUGUAAGUCCUGCUCCUUCAGGCUCUGAGGCUCUGCUCCCUCCUGUCAAUGCUGUAAUACAGGCUCCAGAAGAAAUACACAGUGAAGAGGAAGACACAAAGCUUCCAGGAGCUAACUUCAUUGAUGUUACUGAUGUCACAGAUCAGGAUCAGGAAGAGGAGAAGGAUGAAAUUCCAGAAUUCCUUGAGCCUCUUCUGGAGCUUAAUGGCCAGUUUAAAGUUGCCUCACCACAAUACAAUGGUCCUGUGUUUCCUCCAGUGGCUUCUGCUCCUCAGCAGCCUGCUGAUAUUUUGGAUGAACUGAUUCAAAGGAGAGAAACUAUAGAAAACAAGUUGAUAAAUUGGGUGGAACAAGAAAUAAUGGCAAAAAUUAUCAGUGAGAUGUGCCCAGCUCAGACAGAAAGGGUGCCCAGCAUUAGCAGCUCCAUAAAGAGUGAAGACAGUGAGGUUGUAACCCCUGGCAUUGUUGAAGUUGCAGGUGGUGGUGGAUUUCAGCUCUUUGUCAAUGCUGGUGUCCCUGUGGACUCAGAAAUGAUAAAUCAUUUUGUAAAGGAAGCUCUCAGUGAAACCAUUGCAACCAUGCUGGGAGACAGCCAGGCUCAGAGAGCAGUUCCUGAUCCUCUUCCUCCCAGCACAACCUCAGUGAUGGAGGCUCCUGUGCCUACUCCAGUGCCAACACCCCAGGCCACACCACCACCAACACCACCUUCAGAAAAAGAAUUGCCUCAGGUCAAAACUCCAGAUUCAUCUCCAUCUCCUCCAGAGAUGAGUGGGGAUGUUCGUGGACAUGAAAAAAUAAAAGAAACAGGAGUCGAGAUUGCAGCUGCCACGGGCCCUGUGGUCACCCCCGUGGUCACUCCUGUGGUCACCCCUGUGACCACUCCUCCCCCAGCAGCCACACCCAGCCCUCCUGCCUCAGAAUGGGGCUCCCAAGCUGGAAAAAGGCAAAGUCCAAAGCUUCCAAACCCGUGGGAUGGUGCAGAACUUCCUCUGGAAGAAGAGAACCCCAGUCCUGAAGAACCUAAGACUGUGGAGAUGUCAGUGGCCAAUGAUGAGGAACCAGAGGCUUUGCUUUUCCCAUCUCAGCAGCUGCCAGGGAGGCCCUUUGAGCCCCUGCCCUGCCCUGCCCAGGUGCCCUCACCUGUGCCCACGCUGAGCUCUGGGGUGUCCAGCCAGGAGAGCAGCCUCACCCCCACAGGCACCGAGACCACGGACAGACCCCUCUCAGAAGGGGAGGUGCUCUUCCCCUAUGGACAGCCACUGCCUGCAGCAGCCUUAGCAGAAGGAGGAUUGUGUCUUCCAAACCUCACUGAGAGCUUAUCCAGUACUCUCCGAGAUGCCAAUGAAAUGGAUUAUGAUCCUCCAAGUGAAGGGCAGGUGGUGAGAAGAAUGGAUAAAGGCUAUUAUUACAGGGAUCCUGUCCUGGCUCUUUUAACCAAAUUAAAUCAAGCACCUGUUUUUAUACAAGAAGGAAUAGACCACUCAGAGGAUUCUGAUGGCAGCAUUGGGGAGCUCAGUGAAGGUCAGAGGCCAAGGCUGUGCAGAGCACAGGAGAGAAUCCUGAUGGGAAAUUCCAUUUUUAUGGAGCAUCCAUCUGCUCAGAGCUCUGGAAACAGACCACGCCAAGGUCUCCGUUCUGCAUCUCCAGGGCAGCUUGUCCAAAUUGGAGCAGAAAUUCUUGGAGAUGCAGAUACGAGUCCCAGUCCAAUGCUUUUGGCUGAACUGGAGUCACAGCCAGGCUCAAAUCCUGCCCUGCCAGCAGCCCAGCCAAGCUGCAGAAUGACACCACUCCCAGAGGAUCUGUCCCAGGAAGAAAGCCAAGGAGCUGCACAUGGUCAGACUGUGAGACCCCGAGUUAUCUUUAUGAGAAGGAAAUCUGAGGAGAUGCAACAAGAAGGAGAGGAUGCUGCCCCUCACCUGAAUCCACAUCUUUCUGCAGCAAGGGUGUCAGUGCAGCUGCCUGGCACGAGCACAGAUAAUGAAACACAGAGUCUGAGCAGUGCACGUGAAGAUUCUGAUUCUUCAGGGACAGACACAUUUUAAAGCUUAGGGCUGUUUAUGGCAGUCUCUGUCUGAAGAUGCUGUCUAGUGUGAUAGUCUGGCUGUUCCAUCAAAAAAACAGUCUUUCAGUACUGUUUAUUUUCUACUAUUUUUUUCUUAUAAUUUUGUUAUUAUUUUAAAUGAUUCUGUCUGUGAAUAUAGCAAUUAUUUUUAAGCAAAUAAAAUUCAGUUUUUUUCCAGAA